CCAUGCCACACGACUCUACAUAUCCACCAGUGAAGAUUUCCGAGCGUCCGUACCAUGAGAUGCUCCUUGAUGCAAUUGAUAAAACAAUUGCCGAUGGAAAGAAUAAAAUUGCAUUUGUGAGCGGAGAUAAUCCAAAACAUUUCAUUACUUUUGAACAACUUCGUAAGGAUGCUUUUGCUGUCGCUAUGUAUCUUCAUAGCAUUGGGUUCAAGAAAGAUGUUGCUGCUGUUGUUCUUCCAAACGUCUGGCACUAUACUUCAUUUUUCAUUGGAUGUGCCAUCAACGGUGGAGCUGUAUCUGGAGCUAGUGCACUUUUCACUGACUAUGAGCUUCAACGUCAAUUUGUUGAUUCUCGCGCAAAGGUUGUUUUUACUUACGAAGAUUUUCUUCCAAAAGUUCUUCUUGCUGUGAAGCAAUCGCCAAACAUCCAAAAGAUCAUUGUCAUCCCAAAACCAGUUGGAUCUUCUCUUCCAGCAGGAGUUGUAUCUUGGAAUGAAGUGGUUUCAACUCCAGUCACUGCUCUACCACAAGUUCCAAUUGAUGUUCACAAUGAUUUACUCGUUCUUCCAUACUCGAGUGGUACCACUGGACCACCAAAGGGUGUUAUGCUAUCACACUACAAUUUUACAUCCAUGAUCUCCAUGUAUCUUGCAAUUGAUAAAUCACACAUUUUGGAUGUUCUUGAUCCAAAUUGGGACUGCUACAAUGAGAAAGCUCUCUUGUUUCUUCCAUUCUAUCAUGUCUAUGGAUUUGGUCUUCUUAAUCACUGUCUUCUCAAGGGAAUGACUGGAAUUGUCAUGAGCCAUUUUGAGCCGAAUAAUUUUUUGACUGCCGUUCAAAACUACAAAGUCCGCUGUCUUUGCCUAGUUCCACCAAUUAUGGUUUUCUUGGCCAAGCAUCCAAUUUGCGAUAAGUUUGAUCUAUCAUCAGUGCAAAUGAUAAUGGCGGGAGCAGCUCCAGCUGGAAAGGAUUUGAUUGAAGAAUUGAAGAGGAAGUAUACAAAUUUGAAAUACAUCCAACAAGGAUAUGGAAUGACGGAAUGUUCAAUGGCUAGUCAUCUUCCUGAUUUAAGAAAUGAUCAACCAUAUGGAUCCGUUGGAAAACUUGCUUCAAAUUUGGUUAUGAAGAUUGUGGAACCAGGAACCGACAGAGAGCAACCGGUUAACCAACGAGGAGAAAUUUGUGUUCGUGGUCCAACAAUUAUGCUUGGGUAUCUCGGAAGACCAGAAGCAACAGCCAGCACUGUCAUCGAUGGAUGGCUUCACACUGGAGACAUUGGUUAUCUCAAUGAGGAUGGAAAUUUGUUUAUUGUUGAUCGACUUAAAGAGCUAAUCAAGGUCAAAGGGCUUCAAGUACCACCAGCUGAACUUGAAGAUCUUCUUCUAUCUCAUCCAAAGAUUAGAGAUUGUGCAGUUAUUGGAAUCCCAGAUGCUAAAGCUGGAGAAUUACCUAAAGCAUUUGUUGUAAGAGCUGAUAACACUCUCACUGAACAAGAAGUUAAGGACUUUGUUAAACCAAAAGUGUCUCCUUACAAACAACUCGAAGGUGGUGUCGAAUUUAUUGAAGAAAUUCCAAAGUCCGCAGCUGGAAAGAUUUUGAGACGAUUCUUGAGAGAUCGUUCUUCAGCCAAGCUUUAAAUGUUUUUUUGUACAUUAACUUUAUUGAUAUUAAUUUU